AUGCGGCCUACUCGCCCAGUUGAGCCCGUAGCGCCCGUACCUUCAGUUGCUCCAGUUCCCCCACCUAUCCCCCCUCCUCAGCCUGGUGUUCCAGUUUCGGAGGCUCCUGCUCCGCCGACCGCACCCGUGCCUCCACCUGAGACUCAUCAGCCUGCUACCGCUGAGGUUUCUGGGCAGUCUGACUUAUCCCGUGUUAGUGCGAUAGCCCGAGAGUUUCGGGAGCAUGAUCCCCCAAGGUUUAGUGGUGACUCUGACCCUUCUGCCGCCGAGGCUUGGCGCACUGAGGCACUGGUUUAUGAGGAGGACUGGGUUAUGACCCAGAGGUUGAGAGAACAGAGUUCCGGUGGAGACCGAAAGAUGAGGGCACCAGCCGGCAGUUCUAGGCCGGGCAUCGGAAGCGUGAGUGCCCUCUCCCCAUUCAGCAGCAGAGGCCACUGCAGUUACCCCCUCCUCGUCCUCCUCAGCAGCAGUAGAGAGCUCAGCUUCCACCCGUCGCUCCUAGGGGUCCUCCUCAGUAGCAGAGGCAGACAGACAGACCUCCUCAGCAGUCGCAGCACCAACAGAGACAGCAGCAGCCGAAGCACCAGCAGAGGGGACCAGUAUGUAUCGCAGCCCAACAGGCACAGACUCAGGAACUCAGUCUUCCAGGUUGCUUCCCCUACCAACUCUGGACCACUUUUAUUCUGCGCAGCAGGCGCCAUGCCAGGACCCGCAGUCAUUGACCAGUGA